GCAGAUACGGAAGUAAACCAUGAGCGGGUCACACAGAGGAGGACAGUAAACACGCUGCACACGACACUUAUCAGCGCGUUUCAGUAAGACAUGGCAGCGGGAAGAAUGUUACAGUGGGUGACACAGACAUGGCAGCGGGAAGAACGUUACAGUGGGUGACACCUGCAGUCAGGACUGGGCCAUGAGUCACUCACAUGUCCGCAGACUGUUUCUCCUCCAUGUCCAGUCUCACAGGAGACAUGGAACAAAGUCAACAGAGGGAGUGAGCAGCAGCAGCAGCAGCAUGUCACAGGUUAGUGCUGACCGAGGAGGAGGAGGCGAAGGAGAGGAGGAGACAGGCUGCAGCAAGGAGGCUCCUACAAAGUUCACACAGGAGGAAAAGUCCAUCCAUACAGUCCAUACAGAGGCAUGUGAGGCAAAGAAGCAGAUGUACGUCGACCCCGCCAGUGGGUACAAGGUGUUCACGGAGUAUGCCCACCUUCAGAGAGGGAAAUGCUGUGGCAGCGCGUGCAGACAUUGUCCAUAUGGUCAAGUCAACGUGAAGGACCCUGCGAUGAAGAAGCAGUUCAAUUCUUUAUUUUAUGUGUAGGCCGAACAGACUUUGGUGCCAAAGGUAAAAUGUAAGACCCUGUUUAGAAUGGAGUGCAUGUUGCUUGUCUUCUGCCUGUCCUUAUUUUGACUACUUGAGUCAUUUUUUAUCAGUGUACAAAAUGAUGAAAUAUGGGUAGUGUCUGUGCAAUACUCACCUCUUAUGAAUCACAACUAUUCUCGGUGCUAUUUUCAUUCUCUUAAGACUGUAGGAAGGAUUUAGUUCAGUAGAACUUAAUGUAGAAUUGCCUUUUAUCGCACGUUAUUUCUCAGAUGUGCAUCUGAAAUGUCCAGUGUAAUGCCAUGACAGCAAUCUUCCUGUUCUCUUAAGAGUAUUGAAUGUUUUUGCAACGCUCCGCUCCUCUGAUGCAUUUACUCGGCUUGUGGGAGUAUAGAAACUGAAGGAACACAUUUUAGAUCUUCGCCCUCGAGAUAAAAGGGCAUAUAAGUGAAAGUAAGUAUAGAUAACCACAUGGAGUUCUUUUGCUUGGCAUGUAUUUUUCUUUUUUCUUUUUUUAAACUCCCAACUAUGCAGCUACAUGAAUAUUUGCGUCAUUCACACUCCGCAAGUGCUCGGCUGAACUGUCUACCUUUUGACUGAAAUGCCGUGUGAUUAAAAAUAAGCGGGGGCCAGGGGUCAGCCCUCACACUUGGCGGCGCUGCUUUUGCACCACUUGAUGGAAUCAGGCUGUUAACAAAUAUGCCAUGGACAUCAACAGCAGCUCCCCCCACCGGACUCGCCGCUCUGCCUCCUGGCAACACUUAAUACAGCGCAGCUCCCUGCAGCUGCUCUCCUGAGCUGCAGCCUAACGAACUCCUGGGCCUGUGCAUCCCAGCUCUGGAGCAGAUCCGCUCAUGUUCAGGAGCAUGCGAAGACGCACACAUGCAUAGGCAAGGCUUUACUCCAUCACACUGCCCGGUGGCUCCUAAUAGGCCAAUAUAGAAUAAAGGUUGCGCUGUAGCCAACAGUAAUGGCACUUUUCCAAUGUACAGUUCCAGCAUGGCACGACUCUACGCGGUUUGGUAGGGUUUCCGAUUACUAUAGUUACUCCUAAUCAUGGGCGGAGUCAUCACAGCGCGGCUGCAUGAAACUGCCGUGACUUCGUUUUAGACACGACACACAAACUAGUGACUAGUGACUUGUAAAGCUGUUAUUGUGCACUGAAUCAUUAGAAUCAGUUAAUUAAAAAGAUUAGUUCAGUACUUCCUGCAUGACCGGAGCACAGACUCCGAUCUGAACUGAUAUACAGCGGAAGGUGUAUUUCAGUUCCACGAUCGCUGCUUUCAGCAGUGUUAAAUAUUGAGAUUUUAAGACAUUUCCUUUGCUAAAUGCUGAAAGUUUUCAGGAUUUUUAAGUCUUUUUAACUGAUCUACAGAUUUCAUUUUUGUGUUUUGCUCAUGACUCUUCCAGUGACGACACUCUCUGACCAAUCAGUGGCCGGCAGGCUGACAACGUCACGUUUAGUAUCCCCUCACCUCACUUGGAACCUUACCAGAGCAGCUACUAAAAAAAAAGCACCAGGUACUAUCACUGAUGGAAAAACAAAAUGAGCUGAGCUGAGUCGAGCCGUGCCGGAACUUAACAUAAUAGUGCGAGGUAGGGUCGAGACGUUGAUGAGAAAUGUGUGACUUGAUUUGUGAGUGCAUGUGUGUACAGACAUCGGGAGAAUGUGUAAACAUCACAACAAAAGCUCUGAAAGCAAGUGUUGGGUUAUGUACUUGUUCUGAUAUUGUGAUCACCAGAAGUGGAAUCUAUUGCUUGUGGGUUUCCAUUACUCCAUCUUCUGUGCUUGCUCCAACCUCUGCAGUCUCUUGGUAUCUUAUGAUACAAUAACCCUUUUCCUUGUCCCUGACUUUUAUGGAAUCCCGCGGCACAACAGCUAAAACUCAUCAAAGAGACCAGUAGCAUUACAUAUUGCUGCCUGGUGUGUACAAUUAUGGAUUCGAACAGUGUGGCUUCCUGCCAAGAUGGCCUUGUUUUGUGAUUGCGUGACGUCACCUGGGCUCUGGAUCGGCAGCGAUUUGCCUCUGGGCACUGGCCGCUUAACCCGCCACACACACUCACCACUCUCCGCCUGAUUAGGCAAACAGUGUUGGGAUGAGAGGAUGUGUCUGCCGUGGAAUUCUGUCGCAGCCACCCACUGGCGCCACCACAAUUUUUUUUCCACGGCAGGUGGGUCCCAAAGGCAAGUGCUUAGUGAUCGGAGCAAAGCCUUGUGAGCGGCUACAAGGAGAUUCAUGAUCCCUACAGUGCUGGGGAGGACAGGUUCUCUGGGACGCGUCGUCAGGCAGGAUGAGAGGCGAAUUUAUUUGGUGUUAUUCUAAAGCGAGGCAGCGGAGCGUGCGGCAGCAACAUUUCUGCAGCGGGAUGGUGAAGGUGUCACACUCAUCAAGUACCUGGGCCCGCUCGCCUGCCGUGGCUCUGCGGGUUUUGCCUAGGGACUUGUCUGUCACAUUAAAGUAGAUGCAUUGCCAUUCAGGGCCUUGGCAGUCCCGCAGCCUGACCAUGAAAUAGGCCAACUUUCAUGUCUGCCUCAUCCCUCCAUGUCUCCCCAAUCCAGUGAUGGCACAAUUUGAAAUGUUUUUUUUUUUCACCCAUCAUAUUCUAGCUGAGCAGUUGGUGACUUCAACACAAACAGCACAGCAAGACUUUCCACAGAUUUAUGAGGAAAUUUACUUGAAAAUGUAGCUUAUACCACCAAACUGGUCAGUCAUGCUAUUAAAGCUGUUUUGUCGUAA